GGAGAAAAGCGGAUUGCGAAUUUGUGAUAUUGACACAAGGAAAUCGUUAGCCGGCUUAGCCUUUAGCUGGCAACCGAAGGCGACGAGGCGCAUUUAAAAUUAAAAAUAAAAUAUAUAUAUAUACUAGUAUACUAGAUCAAUCUAGAGGACAAAGUGUUAUGCUAAUGCCAACGACAGCGACAGCACCAUGAAUAUUACAUGAGCCGGGCAGCUAAGCCAGCCAAAGUGAUGACAAUAAGCACCAAGAUGACGCCAGUCAUUGACUAAAACCUCAUCAAAAACAAAAGAAAGCAAAGGAGAAAUACAAAACGAGCAGCUGCUGCAACACUUUGAAGCCGACAGUCAAGAGUCGAGAUUGAGUGUCGUGCAUUCCAUCAAGAUGACGGAACUGCGUCGUACAAAUGGCCACGAUGCCUCCUCAGCACCUCGACUGCAUAAACAGCACUCACUGCGCGAUCGUCCAUCGUCGACGCAUCCAUUGUUGCUGCACUCGCUGGCGGAUCAUGGUUGCAACUUGAGCAGCGGUGGCAACAGCGCUGCCAGCACCAGCAGCAGCACAGCGACAGCGACGACAGCUCUAGGAUUGGGAUUGAAUUCAACUGGUGGCGGGCGAUUGAAUAGCGUUGAGUUUGAUGAGCAUGACAUUUAUUAUGUGUCGCCAUCGAAGCGAAAAGCUGGCGUUGCACCUGUGGCCACCGCAUUGCGUCCGGCUGCUGCCUACGAUGGCAACAUUAACAGCAGCAGCGGCGGCAACAACAACAAUCACAAUGUGGUCACAUUUUCGGAUUAUGUGAGCGAACGCGGUGUCUCCAAUAGCUGUUCGACAGCCUCGUUUGCCACAUCGCAUCGCGGCUCCUUGAAGCGUGCCAAGGGACGCAGCAAUCAAUCGCUGUGCAGCUGCGAUGCCGGCGACGAGGCGCAACUGCAACCGGAUGCGGCACGGCCGCUGUACGAGUACAGUUUGGAGCGGCGACGCAAGACGCACACCUACACGUGUGAGCAGAAUGCACAGAUACUCAUGAGACUGGAGCGCGAACGUAAUCGUAAAUUAUCGCUGACUUCGCUGGGUGGCAGCAUUGGAGUUGAGAUGCAGAGCGAUACGCCCAGCUUGUCGGAUGUGGAUGUCAUACCGCCAGUGCCGCCUCCGCCAACCCUCAAGCGCAACGGCAGCGUGCGCAGCUUGCGACUGCUGCAGCAGCUGCAACAACAGCAACAGCAGCAGCAACAACAACAACAACAGCAACUGCACACUGGCAGCCAGAAGGGCAACAAUAACAGCAUGGCAUUGGGCAUGGCGCAGCUGUGCAGCAGCGAUUUGCUUGAGGAUUGCACCAAAUCGGCGCUGGAUGAAUGCGCUGCAACAUUGCUGAAGUGCACGACGAAUAGCAACGGCAGCAGCAGCAUAAAUGCCAAGCCCGAUGUCUGCCAGCCCACGGGCCACGCCCACAGUAAGCCACAGUAUAAGCAUAAAGCAUCCCCGCCCUUUGCCGCACACGAGGAGGAUAACAUCUUUACGCCACACUCACAGAAAUCGGAUCCCAGUUUGUGCUUUGUCCCAUCAACAGCGGCAGCAACCGUUGUUGGUGCUGCAACUGCAACUGGAACGGGAACGGGAUCGGGAACGGGAGUGGCAACUGUUGCUGCUUCGAGCAAAUAUAACACCAUCGGGCCGAGCAGCGAUUAUGCACGUCAUCUGGCCCACUACAGUCGCUACCUGCAGAAGCAGCAUCAGCAGCAGCAAUUGGCUCACUUUCAGCAGCAGCGUUGCCGCUGCUUCUCCCAAUCGCUGCUCAAUUUUCCCAGCAACAAUCAGCAACAGUCGCUGCAGCAGCAGCCGAUGCAACAGCAGCAGCAUGUGCAACUGCAGCAACAUGACUCGAAGCAUAGCCUUGGCGUGUUGCAACAACUGGGACAACCGGCGCACAUCUUUCAUACGAACAGCAUGGACUGGACACUGCCAAUGAAUAGUCGCAGUUUUGGCAAUUUGGUUGAUAUUGAUGGCAGCGUUAACGGUUGCCGUGUGCCAUAUCAGAAAAUGCAGCAAUCAUCGGCGCUGGCCUCCUCCAGUUUCACCAUGAAUUCCUUCGACAGUGCCCAUAGCAGCGGCAUGCUUGGCAAAGAGCGCGAGUCGCAAACAUUACCAACCUCCCAAUCGCAACUGCAUUCACAUUCGCAUCCACAUUCGCAUCAUUAUCAUGCGCACGAUGUGGCACAUUCUCUCCUGCAUCAUGCCACUGUUGGGCCAGGCGGCGCCAUUCCGGCCACACCGCAAAAACAUCAUCAGCUGCACUCGAGCGUCACGAGCAUCAUGCCAUGGAAGCAUCGACAGUGUCCUAGUCGCGGCUCAUCCAGUUCGGGCACAAAUUCAUUCCGCUUCGAUGCAGCCAAGCAUUGGCUGGCAGUCAGCUCAAUACUCUUGAUAAUUGGCGCUGCCAGUGUUGCUGUGCCCCUGGCGCUACGUGUUGCAGCAAGUGCACCAUUUGAGGAGCGUCUACGCGUUGCCGUACAACUGUUGGAUCAAGUGCCUUUAAUCGAUGGGCAUAACGACUUACCUUGGAAUAUACGCAAGUUCCUGCACAACAAACUCAACGACUUCAACUUUGAUGAGGAUUUGCGCAACGUGGCGCCCUGGGCACGCAGCCAAUGGAGUCACACGGAUCUAACGCGACUGAAGAAGGGACGCAUAUCAGCGCAGUUCUGGGCCGCUUAUGUGCCCUGUGAGGCGCAGCAUCGCGAUGCGGUGCAGCUGACGCUGGAACAGAUUGAUGUGAUUAAAAGACUUACCGAUCGAUAUUCACCGCAGCUAACCACCUGCACAUCAGCGCAGGAAAUCAUCGAUGCACACAAGAACCAACAACUCUGCUCGCUAACUGGCGUCGAAGGCGGCCAUUCAUUGGGUGGCUCGUUGGCUGUGCUUCGCACUCUGUAUGCAAUUGGGGUCCGUUAUAUGACACUCACGUCCACAUGCCACACACCGUGGGCCGACUCAAGUUCAGCGGAUGCGCCGACCUUCAACAUGAAGCAUGGCGGACUCACCAUAUUUGGCAAGACAAUCAUACGCGAGAUGAAUCGACUGGGCAUGAUGGUGGAUUUGUCACACGUCUCCAAAGGAACGAUGCGCGAUGCUCUGGAGGUGAGCGAGGCACCCGUCAUAUUCUCCCACUCAUCCGCCUACGAGCUGUGCAACACGAGUCGCAAUGUCCAGGACGACAUCCUGCAAGCGUUGGCUAAAAAUGGCGGACUCGUCAUGGUCAACUUUUACUCCAAGUUCUUGUCGUGCAGCGACAACUCAACUGUACAGGAUGCAGUCGCGCAUAUUAAUCACAUUAAGCGAGUCGCUGGCAUCGAUCACGUUGGCCUCGGCGCCGGCUACGACGGCAUUAAUUAUACACCCAAAGGUCUAGAGGAUGUUUCAUCGUAUCCAACGCUGUUCGCCGAACUUUUGGGAGGCGGUUGGACCAUCGAUGAGCUGACCAAAUUGGCAGGAGGCAACUUUCUGCGUGUCAUGCAGCAGGUGGAGAAGCUGCGGGAUGAUAAGAAGGCUGCCGGAAUCAAACCCUAUGAAGAUCAUCCCAACUUUCGCACUGACGAUCCAUAUAAUUGUACUUCCAGCUAAUUAAAUCUAAGCGCUAUCUUUAGAGAGGUUGUUUAAUAGGCCAACCUGGCUGAAAAUGCAACGAAAACAUUUUGGUGCAUAUAAAAACAAAAGAAGAACAAAACAAAGAACAGUAAUUGAAAGUAAAUUAAUGAAUGAAUAUAUGAUAUUUAAAUUAAUUACAUUCUAGUUAAAUAAGUGGCCUAGCUAUGGUUUGUAUAAGCUUUAAGUAUAUAUAAUAGUACUAAUAUAAAGUCUACUACCUAAGUCUUUGGCUAAAUUCCUUCUCGGUUCUAUGGACAAUUUUGCGAAUUUUGUUUUGGUUUUUAUGACAAUCUACAGACUGCCAAGAAAUGCACCCACUUACCGCAAAUUUAUAAAUUUAUAAAGCAAUUAUUUCAAA